CCAAAAUUGUGCACACAUGAGAAAUAUCGGGAGAAGCUGCAGCCAUGACUCCCGGUUUGGCGCACUUCUUUCUGUCGCUUUUCCCGUUUCUCAGAGUAACCGACUACUCCACAACGCCAGUCGGGCCCAACAGCACCACUCCGGGUGAUCUGAAUAACGCCUACAGCCCUCCAUACUAUCCUAGCCCAUGGGUAGAUAGCUCCGCCGAAGGAUGGCAAGAUGCCGUCACCCGCGCGAGGGCCUUCGUCUCGCAGCUGACACUGCUCGAGAAGGUGAAUCUCACCACUGGUGUUGGCUGGGAAGGCGAGGCUUGUGUUGGUAAUACUGGAGCCAUCCCGCGUCUGGGCUUCCCGGGCUUCUGCGCGCAGGAUAGCCCUCUGGGCGUUCGAUUCGCCGACUAUGUGUCCGCAUUUCCCGCUGGUGGCACCAUUGCGGCGUCCUGGGACAGGGGUGAGUUCUACCGUCGAGGGUACCAGAUGGGUGUUGAGCACCGCGGCAAAGGCGUGGAUGUUCAGCUCGGACCCGUCGUUGGGCCUCUUGGUCGCAACCCCAAGGGUGGACGUAACUGGGAAGGCUUCUCCCCUGACCCAGUCCUCAGCGGAAUUGCCGUCGCCGAGACCGUAAAGGGUAUCCAAGAUGCUGGUGUCAUUGCUUGCACCAAGCAUUACAUCCUGAACGAGCAGGAGCACUUCCGCUCGCCAGGCCAAUUCGAGGAUUUCGGCUUCGUGGACGCUAUUAGCUCCAACGUGGACGACAAGACCCUCCAUGAGUUGUACUUGUGGCCAUUUGCCGACGCGGUCCGCGCCGGUACUGGUAGUAUCAUGUGCUCUUACAACAAGGCGAACAACUCUCAAGUCUGCCAGAACUCGUACCUCCAGAACUACAUCCUCAAAGGCGAGCUCGGCUUCCAGGGCUUCAUCAUGUCAGAUUGGGAUGCUCAGCACUCUGGUGUUGCUUCUACGCUUGCCGGUCUCGAUAUGACUAUGCCUGGUGACUCCGACUUCGACAGCGGCUUCUCCUUCUGGGGCGCGAACCUGACCCUCUCCAUCAUCAACGGGACCGUUCCAGAAUGGCGCCUCGACGACGCGGCGACGCGCAUCAUGGCCGCUUACUACCUUGUCGGCCGCGAUAAACACGCUGUUCCUGUCAACUUCAACAGCUGGUCGCGCGAUACCUAUGGAUACCAGCAUGCCUUUGCCGAGACCGGUUAUGGCUUGAUCAACCAGCACGUCGAUGUUCGAGCCGACCAUUACAAGGCCAUCCGCGUUGCAUCAGCCAAGUCCACUGUCCUCUUGAAGAACUUGAAUGGCGCCCUUCCGCUCAAGGGCAACGAGAAGAACACGGCCAUCUUCGGUCAAGACGCUGGAGACAGCCAGUACGGUCCCAAUGGCUGUGCUGACCGCGGCUGUGACAACGGUACCCUUGCCAUGGGCUGGGGAUCUGGAACAGCUGACUUCCCUUACUUGGUAACUCCUCUUGACGCCAUCAAGAACGAGCUUGCUGGCAAUGGUGGCAUCGUGCAGUCCGUCACUGACAACUAUGCUUGGGCUCAGAUCAUGUCGCUCGCUAAGCAGGCCAGCACCGCCAUUGUCUUCGUGAACGCAGACUCUGGUGAAGGUUACAUUACCGUCGACGGCAAUGCAGGGGACCGCAACAACCUCACCAUCUGGCAAGGCGGCGAGACGCUUGUGCAGAACGUCUCUGCAUACUGCAACAACACCAUUGUCGUUAUCCACUCCGUUGGCCCUGUGCUUAUCGACUCCUUCUCCAACAGCGAGAACGUCACUGCCAUCCUUUGGGCUGGUCUUCCUGGCCAGGAGUCUGGCAACGCUAUUGCUGACGUCUUGUACGGUCGAGUCAACCCAGGCGGCAAGUUGCCAUUCACCUUUGGCACCAAUGCUUCUGAGUAUGGCCCUGACCUGAUAUACGCGCCCACAAACGGUAACGAGAGCCCUCAAGACAACUUCGAAGAGGGUGUGUUCAUCGACUACCGCGCAUUCGACCAGAAGAACAUCACACCUGUGUACGAAUUCGGGUUUGGACUGUCGUACACGACCUUCUCUUACUCCAACCUGACAGUCACCAAGGUCGCCGCUCAAGCUUACACUCCUAACUCUGGUCUCACUGAGCCAGCACCGGUCCUCGGCAACUCCAGUACCGAUCCUUCUCAGUACCAGUGGCCUUCCAACCUGACCUACGUCAAUAAGUACAUCUACCCAUACCUCAACUCGACCGACCUCAAGGAAGCAUCGUUCGACCCCGAGUAUGGCCUAAACUACACGUACCCUGAAGGCGCCACCGACGGCUCAGCGCAGCCCAAGAUCGCCGCCGGGGGAGGACCCGGAGGCAACCCGCAGCUAUGGGACGUUCUCUUCACCGUGACAGCCACCAUCACCAACAACGGCACCGUCGCUGGAGACGAGGUACCUCAGCUGUACAUCUCGCUGGGCGGACCCACGGACCCCGUCGUUGCCCUCCGCAACUUCGAGCGUCUGAGCAUCGCCCCUGGCAAGACGGCGACCUUCUAUGCGGACGUCACGCGCCGCGAUGUGUCCAACUGGGACACUGCCAGCCAGAACUGGGUCGUCACCAACUACACCAAGACGGUGCACGUUGGCUCGUCGUCGCGGAAGUUGCCCCUCAGCGCGAAGCUGUCUUUCUAGAUCCCUAGGAUGUUGCUUAUUGACUAAUGUUUUGCUCAGGUCUGGGUGAUAGGUUAUGAAUUACGGCAUUGGUAUCGGGUCUUAGCAUAGCAUAUAAUGGCAAAUUCCUAAUCUCAUGACGUGGCGACUGCCAUGGCAAUAUC